AUGAUUGACGACGGCUCAUCUUCACAAACAAUUGAUCUUUCCUCUUUGGUUCCUCUUGUGGAUAAAUUGUCACAAGUCUCGCUCGAUAUUCCUCAAAACAAAAUUUAUGCCACUGCUUUGUGCGAAUAUAUUCAGAGUGCGUAUCAACAAGUCGUUCUCUAUGAACACUUGCUGAAUACAGACAGAGAAAAUCCAUUCAUUUCAACCAUGUCUCAUGUCGAUGUGAAAGAUGUUGUGAAAACAGUCUCCGAAGCUGCCGAAUAUUUACUUGAAGUUUUAGAAAAGGAUCCUCAAUUUGCAAGAAAAGAAGACGCUCAAAAUGAUUACAUGUUCGAAAGAGAGGAUCGUGAACAAGUUGGAAUUAUGAAAAUUAGAAUUUUAAAUAUUCAACGAGCUGUGAAUACAGCCAAUGCCAAUUCAGAAAAUGAAGUUUCAAAAAGGAAGAAUCUCACCUUCGAUCAAGUCUUCCAGUUCGAUCUCCACUCGAGAAUGUAUCAAUCCAAGAAUGGAGUUGUUCAUCCCGAUGAGCUCACCAACGAUCCAAGAACUUUUCACUUGAUUGGUAAUGAAAACAGUGGAGGAAGAGUUCAACUCAUGAAAAAACUCUUUCACGUAUUGCACACUCAAAUCGCUCAACAAAAAGAAAUUCAAUCUCAACAAACGGGAAAAGUUCCUUUGAAUCCGGCCGAUAGUUUGGCGAGAAAUGCCGCUCAAAGAUUGAAGGUGAUUCUUGUGCAGGGUGUGACUGGUGUCGGAAAGUCAAAUUUUUGUGUUCAACUUUGUAGAGAAUUGUGUAAGGAAUUUCCUGAUAAUGUUCAGAGAAAAUUCCAUGUGAGAUUGAGAGCGAACACAAAGUUUUCUCUUACUACUACGGAGGCCAUGCAACAAGUGAUUCAAACAUGGCAUGUAGGUCCUUUACCAAUCCACGAAAAACAACUUCGUGAUCUCUAUCAACAAUCCUUUAUUGGUGUAACCACUGUUUUAUAUCUAGAAGAUCCUAGCAACAUCCAUCAGGUUUUAGCUCUUUUGCCUAAUAUCAAGUACUCUCCAUCGAGUCGUGCCUUUGUUGUGAUUAGCUCCAGAUCUCAACUCAAAUUAGACUUGGACAGAUUUUCAAAAGGUUAUAUUGACCUUGUGACAGAUGGUGGUGUGAAACAAAUUAGAGAUCGUAUUCCUGAAACAAAUACAUCAUUGGAAGGAUAUAUUGCUGCGGAUCAACACGAUUUAGAUGAAUUCUCUGAUCACGAGUCUGAUUUUGAAACAGACGAUGAAGACAACGACGACGACGACGACAAUAAGAAGAAGGACGAAACCGAAUCUGAAAAGUACCACCUCAGAAAAACUCCUCAACAGAAAAAAAUGGAAAAAGAAUUGAAAGAAAUUUUCGGAAGUUCCAAAAAGAAAACCUUUGCGAUUCACAUGGGUAUCAAAAACGACGAUGAAAAAAUCCCCAUGUUUCAACGUCAAUUUGAUGUCAUUUACUGUAAUUUGGAACCUUUGAGUUAUGAUUGUGGCGCAGAAAUGAUGCAAAAUUUGAAUCCAAAACUUCAAAAUGAACAGACAAGAUCCAUCUCUGCUCUCGCUGAGAAUUUACCAAUUUUCAUGAAAGUCAUCAUUCGUUCACAAAUGUUGUACGGAGGAGAUUUAGCUGAUUAUUCGAUCGCUGUGGGUACUUUUAUGGAUCGUUAUGCAAGGACUAAUUUUCCACAACUUCGAAAAUUGUGUCAAGGAUUUUUCAUUGGUAUCUGGAAGAAGUGGGAGAAGCCAUUGCAAGAUUUUGCCAUCAAGCUCUCCAUUUUCCCCUUCUCUUUUGAUGCUGUGAGCGCAAGUUUGAUUUUGGAAGUGCCACUCCAUGAAACUCUCAAAUAUUUGCAAUUUCUCAUAUUCGUCGGUAUGGUCUGUCAAAAUGAAACUGGUCGUUUCAGUAUGCACGACUUGGUGAGAGACACUUUCCAAAUUUAUAAAGACGAAGAAUUGAAAGACUCUGAUGAAGUGAAGGUAUCUAUGUCUGAAGCUGAGGAACGUUACGUUCAACACUAUUACAACUUGUUGAGAUUGUACAAUAUGCAACAUGAAUACUCAGGAAUUAUUUACAUGCCAGGUCCAGAGCGUUACGAUAUGGAUAUUGAAAAUAUGAAAUAUGUGGUCGAAUUUUUGAAAGGUUUGGGAAAUAGUGAUUAUGUGGAUGCUCUCAAUACGGGACGUUACAUUUUCAGAAAUGUUAUUUUUGCCAUUGAUCGAGGAAGAUUGUACACUUUCUUGGAGAGUAAUGCUGCUGUGGAUAAAUUACAAGAUGAAUUUGGAAAGGCAUACUUUUAUGAAGGGUUUGCAUUGAUUUAUUAUGACUUGAUGGAUCACAAGAAUGCCUUUUUGAAAGCAAAGAAAUCUCUCGAAUUACUGGAGAAUGCAUGUAUUCUGAGUGACAUUCCUAGCGAUGAAUUGAAACAAUUGCCAAUUCUUCUCUUGACAGGUGACAUUGCCUUUAGACAACACCAACACGACAUUGCAUUGAAAUACUUUGAAAAGAUGGUCACCAUUGCAACCAGACACGCACACGACUGGCAGAAAAUUAAGGUCGAUAAGACCUCCUCAGAUCCUUUCGCCAUUGUUUCUGGAUUCGAGGAUGAAGAAUACAUUGUGAAAGAUAUUUUCAUUGGAAAAUCCUACAUUGCUCAAGCUAAAAUUUACAUGCAACGUGGUGACAUUAAGAACGGCAAGAAAUAUUUCGAGAGAGGACUUACCAUCAUGCAACGAAUCUAUCACAGAUAUCACCCAUUCAUUAGUGAUGCCUUCGCUUCCUACGCACAAUUAUUACGUGAUUUUAAAUCCAGUCAAUUCUAUGAAGAUGUUUGCAAAUACUACAAGGAUGCUAUUGAAAUUGAUGCCAAAAUUUUCGGAGAAGACUCCUUCUCAGUGAGUGAAAAGCUUGAUGGUUACGCUGUGGCACUCACAUUGCAAAAUAACUAUGAGGCUGCUGAGCCCAUUUUCAAGAGAACACUCAACCUUCGUAAACGAUUCUUUGGUGAGAAUGACAUUACUGUGAGUUCGACUCAUAACAAUUUGGCCGUUUGUUUGAAACAUUUGAGAAGACCUGAUGAAGCGAAAACUCAUUAUGAGGCCGCUUUGAAUAUUUUGAUUGGUCUCUUUGGACAAAAUGAUUCUCGAGUGGCCACGAUCAAGACCAAUAUUGCAAAAUUGAAAUUAGAGUUUUCAGAGUCGUAUGAAGAUGCUGAGAAAACCUUCCAAGAAGCUCUUGAAACUCUUAAAGAUGAAAAUAUUAACGAAAAGGGACGUCAAAUGGCAAGUACUUUGACAAGCUUGGGAGAUGCCUCGCGUCACAAACAAGACUUCACAAAAGCUCUUGAAUACUAUCAACAAGCAAUGGCUGUUUUAGAAGAAGUGAAAAAGAAAGCCAACACUGAAACCACCGAAUACUCUGAAAUUACUUCUGAGAGUGUGAAAAUUUUGUUGAGUAUGGCCAAUCUCCACUACGACAAGCAAGAAUAUAAAGAAGCCGAAGAAUUACUUGACAAGGGUAUUGAAAUCAUUAACAGAAAUUUGGGAGGUGAAAAUCAUCCACUUUAUCCAAACUUUUUGAGUUUGGCAGCCAAUGCCAAGUUGAAUAAGAAAAAUUAUUCUGGAGCUGAGGAAUGUUAUCGAAAAGUUGUGGAUUUGAAAUUGAAACAAAAACAGCCACCGUCUGGAAUGAUGACCACCUAUCAAUCAUUGGCUGUUUGUUUGGAUCGUCAAGGAAAGUACUCAGAAGCCAUUGAACAGUAUCAAAAAGUUCUUGGAAUUCUUCAAGAAAGUUUUAAGGAUGAUCUCGAAAAGCAAAUUACUGUGACACGAGCCAUUGCAAGUGCUUAUACCAAGACCGAUCCCAAAGAUUUUGGUAGUGCUGAGAAGUAUUUUGCUCAGGCAGAACAAUUAAUUCUCAAAAAGACUGGAAAUGAUAAUAAUAUUGAAUAUGGAGAAAUUUUGAAUGAUUUGGGAGCUUGUCGAAUUCAAUUACAGAAAUAUGAAGAUGCUAUUUUGAAUUUUGCUGCGUGUGAAAGAAUUUUUGCUGAAUUCUUUGGUGAAAAUCAUGACAAGACAAUUACUGCAAAGGAAAAUUUGUCGAAUUUGAGAACUUUGAUUCAACAGAGAGACGUGAAAACCGGAUGUCCAUGUUUAAUUUUGUAA